AUGACCAAGAACUUCAACCACAAAUUGGGGGAAGAAGGCUAUGGGACCGUUUCUAAAGGAAAGCUUCGGAGUUGCCCACUAGCAGUGGCAAAAAUGCUGGGCAAAUCCAAGGCCAAUGGGCAGGAAUUUAUCAGCGAAAGAAUAGGGGACCAGAGGAGCCAGAUAUACUUCCCUUCAUGGGUUUAUGAUCAGCUGAGCGAAGGAAACAAUAUUGAGAUGGGAGAUGCCUCAGAAGAUGAAAGAAAUAUAGUGAAGAAGAUGAUCCUGGUAGCAUUGUGGUGCAUGCAGAUGAAGCCAACCCAUCGCCCUUCCAUGAACACAGUCAUUGAAAUGCUUGAAGGCGAUGGUGAACUCAUAGAAAUGCCUCCUAAGCCAUUUCAAAAUCCGGACGAAACGCCAGCACUCGAGGAUGAUGGAAUUGAUGCGGAAGACAUAUAG